AACACUCGCUUCCAUGGUUGCCCAUCACAAACGGAUCGAUUAGCUGAGCUAGCAUGGCAAGAAAGGUUUUCGCAUGCGUCUCUCUUGUAAUCCUUGCGCUUGUGCUCGCUGGCCCAGGCGCGAAGGCCGCGGCGAUCUACAGCAUCGACGGGGCGGUGUCGUCGUCCUCGUCGUUGGCAAGACUGGAGGACGGUGUGGCGCCAGAGCUCGCGGUGGUGACGACGGCAGAUCUGGAGGUGCACCGCGACAUCCUCCGCGGCAUCGGCACGGGAGCCCUGGACCCCAGCAAGCCAGGCUGCCUGCCGUUGUGCGCCGGGAAGGGACUGCCGUACACCGGCCGGCGAUGCAACCCAUAUAACCACUGCCCACCAAAAAAGUGAACGUAAGGGCACUACAACUACUACGGACUGUAUCCAUUUCCAUUCUUGAAGUAUAAGUUGUCAUCGCGCGGUCCCGCUGUACAAACAAUUGUGAAGUGGCAGUGAUGAUCGAAAGUGAAGGUUAUCUUUGUACUCCUCUUUUAUACUACUCUUUUAUACUAGU